GCCCGACGCGCACCAAGCCCGCCCGACGCCGGCGCCGCGCCAGGCAGCGACCAGGCACCCGCAUCGAUCCGAAAAAGGCUGCCCGAGUCCGAUCGGCGCCGAUCAGCUCCGGCAGCAGGCACCCAAGCACAACAGCCCUGAUGGCCGCCGGCCGCCCGCCCCGCGCGCCUUCCUCCGGCAAGGACGCCUCACUCUUACAAGAGAUCGAGGGCAAGCAUCAACAGGCCCAGCAGUUGUUCGCCCUGAAGAAGUAUGGCGAGGCGGUGACGGUCUGGCGCGACGCCUUGAUGCAAGCGCGCGAGAUCCAGAACGUGCAGACGAAAAGAGCCGUGCAGCCCGUCAUCGCCGGAAGCUUAGGCUGCGCCCUCGACCUGAACGGCGAGUUCAAGGAAGCGAUCGAGUGGCACGGCAAGGCCUUCAAGACGCACGGUAGUCUAGGAGACACGCUGGCCCAGUGUGGGGAUAUUUGUAAUGCGGGCAACGCGUACCUCAACGCGGCGUCGGCGGGCGACGUCCAGGCCGUCUCCAGCGCGGAGGAGUGCUUUGGUCUCGGUCAUGUGAUUGCCCUCGAGCACGACCACCGGGACGCGGCGGCGACGGCUUCCGCUGGUUUGGCGAACUGUCAAAAGAUGAGGAGCAACCUCGGCAUGGUCCAGACGGAUAGUGUGAAGGCGCCCACCCUUAGUAGUGUGGCGGAGGAGGAGAAGCCCGCGGACAAGCCGUGCCCCUGGAACGUCAAGAAAACGUUGUCGACGGCCGGCGCAAAUGCGCUGAAGUAA